CCGAGGAGGAGAAGAAGCUCGAGGUACGUCAGUUGAACAUGGCGUUGAGCUGGAGAGCUGUCACAAGUUCACGGAGCGAAACGCGCACGGACAACACGGCUUCGGCGUUUUUCUGAAGGAAAAAAAGGGGUCCAGCCGCGGAUUUGAGUCACACACCGCGCCGAAGCUUUUUUCCCCCGAGCGCGUUUUUUUUUUUAAUCUAAAUUUCAUCCUCUACCUCUACCUGCUACCUCUGGGACUCCGUGUACGCCGAGGAAAAAAAAAAAGGGGCGGUGUAGCCGAAUUGACAGCUACCGUUACGGAGACUCGGACAACCUGGACUAUUUAAAAAUGCGCCGCCGCCUCUUUCGCUAACGCACUUUAAUUCACCCGGUGGGAGAUAGUUAUCGAUCCCGUCGAGAGCUUCGGCUAUUUACGGUUAAUUCCUCCCACACUCGGAGCUAUUUAGCCAUAUUAGUUGGUGAUAACACAGCAUAAUUCUGUGAACUGUUGCUUUUGUUGUUUUUUUUUUUUGCUCGUCACUCAUGUCCACGCAGCUCGACUAAUAUUUGUCAUAAGUUCCGUCAUAUGCCACGUUGGUAUUGUUUUUCUUUUUCUUUUUUCUUUUUGUUUAAUUAAGUAAUUCGUCGUUUUUGAGAAACAUGUCAGACAACCAGAGUUGGAACUCCUCCGGGUCUGAGGAGGAUCUGGAGCCGAGAGAGGAGCCCGGGCAUCCCGUUGGAAUUGGGGAGUUCAGCGGAGUCCUCAGCAAGUGGACAAACUACAUCCACGGCUGGCAGGACCGUUGGGUUGUGCUGAAGAACAACACACUGAGCUACUACAAGUCCCAGGAUGAAACUGAGUACGGCUGUCGGGGUUCCCUCUGCCUCACCAAAGCUGUUAUUACUCCUCAUGAGUUCGACGAGUGCCGGCUGGACAUCAGCGUGAACGACAGCGUGUGGUACCUGAGAGCUCAGGACCCCGAGCACAGACACCAGUGGAUCGACUCCAUCGAGCUUCACAGGAGUAUCAGAGAAGGGAGGAGAGAGAAGGGAGGAGUCCAGGGAACAGUAAUCAUCCCUCCACCACUGGCUGAUUCUGGUUACGGCUCAGAGUCCAGUCUGAGGAGACACGGCUCCAUGUUGUCUCUCACGUCGGCCACCAGCGGCUACUCGGCCACCUCCACCUCCUCCUUCAAGAAGGGCCACAGCCUGAGAGAGAAGCUGGCGGAGAUGGAGACGUUCAGAGACAUCCUGUGCAGGCAGGUGGACACUCUGCAGAAGUACUUUGACAGCUGUGCAGACGCCGUGUCCAAGGAUGAGCUGCAGAGAGACAAGAUCGUGGAGGACGAUGAAGACGAUUUCCCCAACACUCGAACCGAUGGAGAGUUCCUGCACAACAACAACAACAACGGCAGCAAAGAGAAACUGUUUCAGUCCCUGAGCCCCAAGGGAAUCAAUGGCAUAGACUUUAAGGGUGAGGCCAUCACGUUCAAGGCCACCACCGCCGGGAUCCUGGCCACCCUGUCCCACUGCAUCGACCUCAUGGUGAAGAGAGAGGACAGCUGGCAGAAGAGAGUGGAUAAGGAGAUGGAGAAGAGGCGGAGGAUAGAGGAGAGCUAUAAAUCAGCACUCAACGAGCUGAAGAAGAAGUCUCACUUCGGAGGUCCUGAUUAUGAGGAAGGUCCCAACAGCCUCAUCAACGAGGAUGAAUUCUUUGACGCGGUUGAAGCUGCUCUUGACCGACAGGACAAAAUAGAAGAACAGUGUCAAACCGAGAAGACGAGGUUGCAGAGAUCCAGCCCCGUCCCCCCUGGAGACGUCUACUCCAGCACCGGCACACACAGAUUCUCCGACAAGCCUCAUAGUCAGCCCUCCCCUGCUCUCAUAGUCAUGGCCCCUCCUCACGAUGUCCACAGAUUCAGCACAGAGGUGGAGGAGAUGGUGCAGAGUCACAUGACCUACUCCCUGCAGGACGUCGGUGGAGAUGCCAACUGGCAGCUGGUCGUAGAAGAGGGAGAGAUGAAGGUUUACAGGAGAGAGGUGGAGGAGAACGGGAUCGUGUUGGACCCUCUGAAGGCCACGCAUUCAGUGAAGGGGGUGACCGGCCACGAGGUCUGCCACUACUUCUGGGACACGGCCUACCGCAACGACUGGGAGACCACUAUUGAAAACUUCAACGUCGUGGAGACGCUGUCUGACAACGCAGCGAUUGUCUAUCAGCUGCACAAGCGGGUGUGGCCGGCGUCCCAGAGGGACGUCCUGUACCUCUCCGCCAUGAGGAAGGUCCUGGCAAACAAUGAGAACGACCCGGACACCUGGCUGGUCUGCAACUUCUCCGUGGAUCACGAAGACGCCCAGCCCAGCAGCAGGUGCGUCCGAGCCAAAAUCAACAUCGCCAUGAUCUGCCAGACCCUGGUCAGCCCACCAGAGGGAGACAAAGAGAUCAGCAGAGACAACAUCCUGUGUAAAAUCACCUACGUCGCCAAUGUGAAUCCUGGAGGCUGGGCUCCCGCCUCCGUGCUCAGGGCCGUGGCUAAGAGGGAGUACCCCAAGUUCCUCAAGCGCUUCACCUCCUACGUCCAGGACAAAACGGCCGGAAAACCCAUCUUAUUCUGACACUGACGCAGUGUUUUCCACGAGGACAGAACUGCACCUUAAGCUUUGAGGACCGACCGUCUGCACCACAAAGGUUCUGCUGCCACGAAGAGAAAAAGUCCUCAAAGUUAUUACGCUCCCCCUCUUAUUCCUUAGCCACGGGUUAGGGUCCUGAUAGCGCCACCUAGCUGCUGCUGCUGCUGCUUCUUUCAAACAUCUGUGAGACUAGACCCGGACCACUGAGAAACACUCAGAGAAUAUUCUCCCGUGGCUCCGCUUCCUCCCAUCCACAGAGAUCACUGCUCGGUUUAAUUUAUAAAAAUACUAGAUAUUUAAAAGUGGAGAGUAUUUUUUUUUAGCUUCCACGCUCACGCGUAAGGAAUUUUUUUUUUUGUAAAGCUGAUAGAAAAGCAGAAGCUUUAUUAUUUGGUGGACGAGUCCCGAGGGCCGUCACGCUGCCCUAUGAUGUGAGACUCGACCCCGUCUCCUUGUCCCUCUCAUGAAGACACCUGUUGUCCCCCCCCCCGGUGCUGAAGGAGGGACGGGGACGGGGACGCUCUCAUCGUUUCUCUCGGCUUCUGCUUGAAUGUGUGAUGGACUGUAAAUAGGCCUGAGUGGAGCCCAGAUGCCUUAGUGUUACAGGAGACUGCAGAAGGAUCCAGACCAGAUAAAGGCUGCACCUUUAAAGAUCGCUAGAGAAGUGCCUCAUGGCUUCACCUCCCCCCAAACUCAUGUCCUGCUUUACCAGCUCAGUUUUGUCUCAUGUACUGAAUGAAUGAAUGAAUGAAGCAGGCGGCUCUUGAGUUACUUGAGUUCUCCCCCCGACGGGAUGUUUUCUAGUAUUAUGAAGAUGUCAUUUCAGUCUAAUUUAAAUCAUGUUUCAUGUGUCAGUGUUUCCUGGGACGUUCACCUCCUCCCAUCUCAUUUCAAAAAAAAGAGUUUUUAUAGGAACAAAAGAACCUUAAACAACCUGAUCAGGUUCCAGCACAAAAACUCAUCACCCAACUUUUUCUAGGACGAGUCUUUCCAAGCACACUGAAUCCGUUCUCAUUCGCUCCACGAGACCAGAGUUCACGUCCGUUCGUAUUUCAGCAGCACAAACACGUUUUUCUUAUACUUUAAAUAGAUUUAUCUGUAGCCGCUGUGUUUGUGUGUGAGAGACGAAGUGAAGCCCGAUGAGUGGAGCCACGCCGGCUGAACAUCUUUCACCUGAAAAGCUAAAAAAUAAAUAAAUAAAAAAGAGACGUUUCUAGUUCUCAGCAUGACGUUAAAGCUGAAUGUAAUUAAAGUUUCUUUUUGUAAAUUUGUUCAUACUAACGCUGUGGGAUCAACUUAUACAUGUACUGUGACGACGUGGCACCAGAUGUGCCCUGUUUAAAGGUGAAAUAAAUAAGUUUAUCCUCCAA